AUGAAGUACGAGACGCUACACCAUUCGAAACCGUACUGUGAACCAACUUGUGUCGAGGACUGCUCGCAAACGCCGGCUCGUAACCAGUUUCUCAUCUACGAUCCAACGUGCGUCUGUCUGGAAGGCUACGUCCGGCACAAGGAAGCGUGUAUACCGAAGCACAAAUGUCCACCGUUAGCAGCACCGGAAGGACCAUGUGAAGAAAUUGUUCAUCCUGCUCCUAAGCUUACGAAGUUACCGUGCCAACCGAAACCGAAGCCACCGUGCAGUAAACCUAAGCAACCUGCGCCUUGUCGAACAAUCCUGUAUCGUCGGUUCGUGCAGCCCAAGCAACCGAAACCGUGCAAAACUGUUACGCCGCCUCCAUAUAAACCGACGACACCCGUGCCCUACAAACCCACGGUUAAGCCGUAUCCACCACAAACAUAUAAGCCACAGCCAACGCCACCACCACCAAAACAAUGCUCGGCCUGCGAACAGUUGGUCCUUGUGGCACCGUGUUGUGAGCCGACCUGCGAGAAUGAUUGCUCCAGCGUUUCCUCUUGCCCCAUGUUGCUCGUCGCACCGCAACCUACCUGCGCCUGCCAGCCGGGACUUGUGCGACACCAAGGACACUGUAUCGAACCGUCGGCUUGCCCUAGCAGCGUAUCACGAUACCGAUUGUACGCGCCUGUCGGUACGGUGUGCACUCGGUGUACCAGGAACCAGGUCCACUACGGUCAUCGUCCGGCGGAAAUCUUCGCUGUACCGGAGGAUAACGGGGAUCACUUUCCUUCUUAUAUGUCGGAGUAA